AUACGAAGUGGUGUGAUAAUAAUGGCAGAAGAAGUGGUAUUGCUGGGUUGCUGGGCUAGUCCUUUUGCAAUGAGGGUGAAAGUUGCUCUGGCAGAGAAGGAAAUAGAUUAUGUGUCCCGAGAACAGAAUUUGUUCAACAAGAGUUCUUUGCUUCUAGAGAUGAACCCUGUCUACAAGAAAGUCCCUGUUUUGAUCCAUGAAGGAAAGCCGAUUUGUGAAUCACUCAUCAUAAUUCAAUAUAUCGAUGAAGUUUGGAAACACAAAGCUCCUUUAUUCCCCUCCGAUCCCUGUGAGAGGGCUCAUGCUAGGUUCUGGGCUGACUAUGUGGACAAACAUAUUUUCCCAAACGCGCAGUUGUUAUGGGCAAGAAAAGGUGAACGCCAAGAAGCAGCGAAGAAGAGUCUCAUAGAAAGCUUCAAAGCAUUGGAAGGAGAGCUUGGAGACAAGCCCUACUUUGGGGGUGAGAGUUUUGGUCUAAUAGACAUUGCCCUUAUUCCCUUCUUCAGCUUUUUCUACGCAUUUGAGACCCUCGGAAGAUUUUCCAUGGAAGAGGAGUGCCCCGAGAUCGUGGCAUGGGCCAAGAGAUGCUCGCAAAGGGAGACUGUUUCAAAGUCAGUAGUGCUCGACCAGCACAAAGCUUAUGAAUUUGUUUUGGAGCUCAUGGCAUGGCAUGGGGUUAAGUGA